AUGUCCUGGGGCUUCGAGCUGCAGCAGCGGGACGGCGGUCCCCGGGUGGCCCUGGCGCCCGGGGAGACUGUGAUCGGCCGCGGGCCGCUGCUGGGAAUAACAGACAAGAGAGUAUCCAGAAGACAUGCCAUUCUUGAGAUGGCAGGUGGUCAGCUUCAAAUCAAACCGAUACACACAAAUCCGUGUUUUUAUCAGUCUUCAGAGAAGAGUCAGCUCUUACCAUUGAAGACAAAUCUAUGGUGCUAUUUGAAUCCUGGAGAGAGUUUUUCUUUGUUAGUUGACAAAUACAUUUUCCGCGUUCUCUCCAUACCCUCUGAAGUGGAAAUGGAAUGUACCUUAAGAAACUGUAAAAUGCUUGAUGAAGAUAAUAUAUUGAAUGAAACACCAAAAUCCCCCGUGAUUAAUUUACCUCAUGAAACUACUGGUGCCUCACAACUGGAAGGAAGCACAGAAAUAUCCAAGACCCAGUUGACUCCCACAAAUAGUGUGUCUUUCAUAGGUGAAAACAGAGACUUCAGUAAGCAGCAGCGAAUCCUUGCCGAGAGGAAAAGAAUCCUUCCAGCUUGGAUGUUAGCAGAACAUUUAAGUGACCUUUCAGUACCAGCAAUCAGUGGAGGUAAUGUAAUCCAGGGAAGUGGAAAAGGAGAAAUCUGCAAAGAUAAAACCCAACUAAACACAACACAGUAAGGAAGAAGGCAAUUAAUUUCAUCAGGAAGUUCAGAAAAUACAUCAGCAGAACAAGAUACAGGAGAAAAGUACAAAAAUACUGAUCAGGAAGAGUCUACCAUUUCAUCCAAGGAAAUGCCACAGUCGUUUUCUACAAUCACAUUAAGUAACACAGAGAUAAAUAAUAUUAAGACUAGUGCACAGAGAAACAAACUUCCAAUAGAGGAACUUGGUAAAGUUUCUAAACAUAAAAUUGCCACUAAAAGAACGCCACAUAAAGAAGAUGAGGCAAUGAGCUGUUCUGAAAAUUGCUUGAGUGCCCAGGACAAGUCAUUCCAGGAUGAGUCUCAAGGGUCUCAUUCUGAGUCCAGCUCUAAUCCCUCCAGUCCUGAAACUUUGCAUGCAAAGGCGACUGAUUCAGUUCUACAAGGUUCUGAAGGAAACAAGGUCAAGAGGACAUCCUGCAUGUAUGGGGCCAACUGCUAUAGGAAGAAUCCUGUUCAUUUUCAACAUUUUAGCCAUCCCGGUGAUAGUGAUUAUGGAGGUGUACAAAUCGUGGGCCAAGAUGAGACUGAUGACCGGCCUGAAUGUGGGCCAUCUUGUUAUAGGAAGAAUCCUCAGCACAAGAUAGAAUAUAGACAUAGUACGCUUCCAGUGAGAAAUGUUUUAGAUGAAGAUAAUGAUAAUGUUGGGCCCAGUGAGUAUGACCUGAACGACAGCUUUCUAGAUGAUGAGGAAGAAGACUACGAGCCAACAGAUGAAGAUUCUGACUGGGAACCAGGAAAGGAAGAUGAAGAGAAGGAAGACGUGGAAGAGCUUUUGAAAGAAGCAAAAAAGUUUAUGAAAAGAAAGUAGUAACUAACUUCUGUAGUCGUAUGUGCCUUACAUUUACUUUUUCUUUGUGGGAAAACAUUUAUGAACUA